ACGCCUCUCCUACCCACCCGCGUCCCGGCGUCCGCAGCACCAACCCCCGCUUUCCUCCCUCCGCCGAAUCACCCCCAAAACAAACCAAAACCCAAACAGCACUUGUCCUCCGAGGACAAUCGCCGACGUCGCCGGCCGGAGCAGCCAGACGCCGCCGACGGUUGCUUUGCGCCUCAUCGUCCGGCCCGGCGGCCCAGGGCGAGCAUGGCUUCGGUUGCGCCCCCGUCUUCCUCCGUGGCUGCCCUCACCCGCCAACCGGUGCAGUUCUUGAAAGGGUGCAGUGUAUCCAAGGAGACAAAGGGACCUAUCAGCAGUUUCUUCCCUGCAAAUUCAAACAGCACUAAGGUGAAAUCAGUGGGCUUGAGAGUAGCAUCAUCCUUCAGAAGUGAUGGCAGUUAUCCAGCUGGCGGUGUCUCUGGGAAUGGCGACACGCUAUUGCCAAAAAGCACAUCCGUCCGUGGCCAGGACCAUCCGGUUGCUGACCCUGUACUCCCAUUGGAUUCCAUGAUUACGCCAGAAAUCCUCUCUACUAAUUUGGCACGUGCUGUGGAGAAGUUCUCAGAUGAUGACACAGAUACUGAACUUGAUUUGGAUAGCCCGACAGAGGGCUUCGCAUCGAUUGCAGAUGCCAUUGAGGACAUACGACAAGGAAAACUUGUGAUUGUUGUUGACGACGAAUCAAGGGAAAAUGAAGGAGAUCUGAUAAUGGCUGCCAACUUGGUUACCCCAGAGGCUAUGGCUUUUAUAGUAAGGCAUGGGACAGGAAUUGUUUGUGUCAGCAUGAAAGAAGAUGAUCUGGAAAGACUGAACCUUCCUUUGAUGGUUACCACAAAAGAAAACGAGGAGAAGCUAUGCACUGCUUUCACUGUUACAGUGGAUGCAAAAGAGGGCACAACUACUGGGGUAUCUGCCAAGGACAGGGCAAAAACAGUCAUGACUCUUGCAUCUCCUGACUCUAAGCCUGAGGACUUCAACCGCCCUGGUCAUAUUUUCCCUUUGAAAUACAGAGAAGGAGGUGUUCUGAAACGAGCUGGACACACCGAGGCAUCUGUUGAUCUUGCCAUGCUGGCUGGAUUACCUCCUGUUGCUGUCCUUUGUGAGAUUGUGGAUGAUGCAGAUGGUUCCAUGGCUCGCCUACCAAAGUUGCGUGUCUUUGCUGAAAAGGAGAAUUUGAAGAUUAUAUCUAUUGCUGACUUGAUUAGGUAUAGGAGGAAACGAGACAGGCUAAUUGAACGUGCUUCUGUUGCGCGCUUGCCUUUGAAAUGGGGCAAUGUCCGUGCCUAUUGCUACAAAUCUGUUAUCGAUGGCAUAGAGCAUAUUGCCAUGGUGAAAGGUGAUAUUGGCGAUGGCCAAGACAUUUUGGUGAGGGUGCACUCUGAGUGCCUCACAGGCGACAUUUUUGGAUCAGCGAGAUGUGAUUGUGGUGACCAGCUUGCAAUGGCAAUGGAGAUGAUUGAGAAGGCUGGAAGGGGUGUAUUAGUUUAUCUCCGUGGACAUGAAGGAAGGGGUAUUGGCCUGGGCCACAAGCUUCGUGCCUAUAACUUACAGGAUGAUGGGCGUGAUACUGUGGAAGCUAAUGAGGAACUUGGUCUUCCUGUGGACUCACGGGAAUAUGGGAUUGGCGCACAGAUAUUACGGGAUCUAGGAGUCCGUUCAAUGAAGCUGAUGACUAAUAACCCUGCAAAAUAUAGUGGUCUGAAGGGUUAUGGACUGAGCAUUGCGGGCAGGGUGCCCUUGAUUACGCCAAUUACCAGUGAGAACCGUAAGUACCUGGAGACCAAAAGAACAAAGAUGGGACAUGUAUAUGGAUUGGCUAAUGUGCAGGCUAACCAACCAAGUGGCAGCCAGAGCACAGAAGAGAAGCAUUAGGCCCAACAAAGCACGGUCUCCAUCCCAAUUCCAGCUUGGUGGCACAAAGAGUGAUAUGGUUUCUUCUUUUGGGGAGUUCCUGAAAUCGUCUCCCCCGAUAUCUCUGUAGAUUCUUUCGCAAAGAAGGCGAUAUUUCAGUAGAUUUGUUCUUCAAUUGUAACUGUAGGUUUCAAGAUGGCUAAUAAUGAAAUGCACGGAGUUUGUCGUCGAUGCUGUAGUUGUCUGGUGUUGAGCUUUGUCGCCUUGGUGUGGUUGUCCCGAUGGAGUUGUGGCGCAGCCAAGAUUUUGCAGCAGGAUAUUCCAUGUACAAAAGAAAUUUCUAAUGCAAAUAAGAAAUAUAUUGGACCAUAA